AUGAGCGAGAAGCAGCAAAAGCCGAAAGUGCCAGUGGUAGUUUCGCUAAUCUCAGGCGGCAUAGCAGGUGGAGUGGAAGCAUCCCUGACCUAUCCCUUCGAAUUCGCCAAAACCAGAGCACAACUUCGCCAUGAGCCCGGCGUUCCAUCACCACGGAACCCAUUCGCGGUAGUUCUCAAAACCUACCAAAAUGAAGGGCUGCGUGCUCUGUAUAAAGGGUGCGGGGCGUUGGUGGUGGGCAGCAUAGCGAAGGAUGCGGUACGGUUUAUGAGUUUUGAUGCGAUCAAGAAUUCAUUUAAAGAUCAUGAGACGGGGGCGUUGACACCUGCUAGAAACAUGCUUGCGGGAAUGAGCGCUGGGGUUGUGGCUAGUAUUUUUGCGGUGACGCCUACGGAGAGGGUCAAGACGGCGUUGAUUGAUGAUGCGAGGGGAGCGAAACGAUAUCAUUCUGCGGGUCAUGCUGUCCGUUUGAUUCUGCGUGAGGAUGGACCUGUUGGUCUUUAUCGCGGGUUUGCUGGGACAACUUUGAAGCAGGCGUCGGCUACGAGCUUCAGGAUGGGGAGUUAUAAUAUUAUAAAAGAUUUUCAGGAAGCCAGAGGGAUCCCUCAGAAUACAGUAGCAAACUUCGUUAACGGCAGCAUUGCUGGUGUAAUAACCACAUUAUUCACGCAACCUUUCGAUACAGUGAAGACUAGAAGUCAAGCUUCCACUGUAACGACAACAGCAGAAGCAGUAAAGUCUAUCUUGAAAGAUGGCGGGAUUGCAGGCUUCUGGAGGGGGACAAUCAUGAGACUAGGGAGGACGGUAUUUAGUGGCGGUAUCUUGUUCACCACCGCUGAAGCGGUGUCUAAGAUUUUGACGCCAAUGGUAGGUACUGUGGAAGACAUUCAAGCGUAA